AGAAAAAAAAUAUUGCAAGUUUUCGAUCAUCUCGUCUCCAAGUAUGCAUUCAAGUGGACAAUACAUUUAUGAACGUCAAUGUGGCAAAUGCCUAUAUAUGCCCAUACUAUCUAGAUUCACACAUUGAUACACAUAAUUAUCAAUAUGGGAAUAGAACACUUUGUGCCUAAAAUUGUCACUCUCUUUCUCGUCAUCACCUUUCAUUGCUCCUCUCCAUUUGCUGCACCAUCUUCUUCCUUUUGUGACAUCACUCCCUUCCCUGACUUGUGCAAAUAUUUUCUUCCUCAAAAUAAGUCUACAAACAUACAUGACCAUGUAAGGCUGUCCAUCCAUCUUUCAUCAUCAGCAACUACACAAUUUCUUGAUUCAAUCAACGGUUACUUAAACUCAAAAAAUACAUCAUCUCAAAGUAGCAUAUUUGUCCUCCAAGAUUGUCAAUUGCUUAUUGGCCUAAAUUUGGAUUUCUUAUCCAAUGUCGCGGCUACUAUUAGCCAACCUGGAAAUACUCUUCAGGGUUCAAAAUUUGAUGAUGUGGAAACCUUGCUUAGUGCAUCUAUAACAAAUCAACAAACCUGCUUGGAUAGCCUUCAAAUCACUCCUUCAGCUGCAGACAUUGCGAGUCAGAUUUUUCCUACACUCGCUAAUGGCAGCAUGAUGUAUAGCGUGUCUCUCGCCCUUUUUAAGUAUGGCUGGCUUCCUAAUUCACCAACAAGAGGUGGACGAAAGCUGUUGCAAAUUAGUGGAAUUAGUUCUGUAAACGUGACACAAAUGGUAGUGGUAAAUCCAGAUGGAUCUGGGAAUUACACAACCAUCAAUGAUGCCAUUGCAGCUGCGCCAAAUAAUACGAAAGCAGGAAACGGGUAUUACAAGAUAUAUGUGGUUGCUGGUGUGUACCAAGAGUAUGUCUCUAUUGCCAGUAACAAGAAGUAUUUGAUGAUGGUUGGUGAUGGCAUUAAUAAGACUAUUAUCACUGGUAAUCACAGCGUAGUUGAUGGAUGGACAACCUUCAACUCUGCCACAUUCGCUGUGGUUGGGGAAGGAUUUCUGGCAAUGAACAUUACCUUUCAGAACACAGCAGGAGCAAUAAAGCAUCAAGCAGUGGCAGUUCGAAAUGGUGCUGAUCUCUCUACAUUUUACAGUUGCAGCUUUGAAGGGUAUCAAGACACUUUGUACACGCAUUCUAUGAGACAAUUCUACAGGGAAUGUGAUAUAUACGGGACGGUCGAUUUCAUUUUCGGAAAUGCUGCUGUAGUUUUCCAGAACUGUAACAUAUAUCCACGCCUUCCAUUACAAGGCCAGUUUAAUCCAAUAACUGCACAGGGCAGAACUGACAUAAACCAGAAUACAGGCACAUCCAUUCACAAUUGCACCAUAAAAGCUGCCCCUGAUCUGGCCUCGAGCAAUGGCACUACACAGACAUAUUUAGGCCGGCCGUGGAAGGAGUAUUCAAGAACAGUUUAUAUGCAAUCCUUCAUGGAUAGCCUGAUAAAUCCUGCUGGUUGGGCAGCUUGGUCUGGAGAUUUCGCGCUAAGUACGUUAUAUUAUGCUGAAUAUAACAACACAGGCCCUGGAUCCAAUACGAGCAGCAGGGUAACUUGGCCUGGUUAUCAUGUGAUUAACAGCACAGAUGCUAUCAGUUUUACAGUUUCCAAUUUCAUAGCAGGGAACUUUUGGCUGCCUGCCACUGGAGUCCCUUAUACUGGUGAUUUACUUUAAGCAGCAAUGCUUGCGAUUCUAUUUUGUUUGUUCUGUUUAUGAAUAUGGACGCACCAUCUGAAUCUUUUGUUAGUAAAUAAUAAACAAAAACGGGCUUUGAGGCGUGAAAAUUAACUGUCCUUAAAGAGUUAUCGCCUGUAUACUAAUUUAGGAAAAUACAAAACGAUUCUCUUCAGGAUACAACAAAGCAUGCAAUAAUACUUGUGAUUUUUUAUUCCA